AUGUCGCUUGCACUGCUCUUCGCUUCCGCAAUGCUGGGCAGUGCCGCGACAGCGACGGGCAUGCUGGGCGUGGUCUCGUCCUUCAGCUCCCUGGAGGAAGCACCGGAGUGGUGCAAGAACGAGACCGAACUGACCUGGCAGCAGCGGAAAGAGCGCAUGCAGCAGCACGCCACUCUCCAGUGGGCCAAGAAGCAGGCGGCGAAGCUGCGCGAGGAGAACCAGACGAUCCCCGAGUGGAUGGACAAGAUCGUGACCGAUGACGAGAACAGGGGCAAGCUCAAGUGGGCCGUGUCGGAGGUCAAGCGCCUGAAGGCGGAGGGUAAGGAGACGCCCGAGUGGAUGAUUGAGCUGGUGAAGGAAGACGACAGGUGGUCAAACCGCUGGGCGGCCUGCAAGGCUCACGAGCUGAAGGUGCAGAAUCAGGAGGUGCCCCAGUGGAUGGUCGACAACGCCAGGAAGGGCAUCAUGGACUAUGCUUCCGAGAAGGCCGCCGAGAUCCAGGAGCAGAUCCGCGAGGUGGAGGUGCAGAAGGAGAGAGACGAUGCCGUCGUGCAGGCCAACGGCGACAUCGAGGAGGCCAACCACAGGCUGCUGUGGAGGGCCAGGGAGGCCAAGCGGAUGACCUGCGCAAGCCAGCUCAACGUCCUCGAGGGUGCUAUGGAGAGCUUCCACGAUGCGGAGGAGAAGGCCAAGGAGGGAGCGAUGCAUUGGGUUCCCCGCGCUGAGGCGGGCCGGCACGGAGGCGCAGGCUGCCACCGCGAUGAUGUCCGUGCUCCUGGAGCGGAAGCUGGCCAUGAUUCAGAGCGGUAUAGAAGCCGGCCUGUCCUGAGGCCCUUGCUCCUCCUCCUCCUCCUCCUCCUCCUCCGCGCCUCCUCGUUCUUCGUCCUCCCCCCUCCUCCGCUUGGUGCCGCCUGGCGCACAGAGUGA